UCUCCCUCUCUCACUCCAUUCCUAUCGUAUCUUACACAGCGCUGCGCUGCUCUGCAGCAAAGGGGCUGGGGCUGGGGCUGCAAGCCCAGCCCCAGCACAGCAGGGCAGGGGCAGGACAGUACCGCCCUCACGCAUCGGAGUUUAUUUAAUGGCUUUUUUGCGGUGAACUACUCGUCGAAGAUUUGAUGAGCGAUCGGUGGUUGGAACCCUAAUCUGCGCAAUCUCCGCAGUCAACCACUAUAGAUACCGGGGCUUGCGCCAGGCACACAUCGAGACACUGCCCCCGGGGGGCUGGGGCUGGGGCUGUGUGAGCCUUUCUACAUUUCGAAAAGGACUGUAGCCCUUCCUCCUACUGUCCUUUCCGCCAUUCCAUUUAUUCAUUUAGUAGAGCCCUCGCGGAACUUCAUUGGGAGAGUUACGAACGCUUGGGCUUCGACUCCUUGCUCAUGGUCGCCCUUUAUUUAUUGGCUGCCUCAUUGCCUCUCCUCGUACUGUCUCGCAUUGCGCUGAUUUUCUCCGUUGGAAUCAAAAGACUUUUGAAAGGGCCUCGCCUCUUUGGCUCCGCGCCGUACCCAGAGCCCGGCUUGUCUCAGAGAAAUGCGAACCCGAUAGGUCUUUCGAAUUCCCUGGCCCCUAGUGGAACAAGGAUCCGCUCGUCUGUUGAGACCGAAGAGGCAAAUAAAUUUAGGAGCACAUUGAUGAAGUUGCGGGUACCAAGUAAUAGGGCAAAACGAAGCCCUCAUCAAGUCGUCUAGUAUAAUUAAAACGAUAGGACAUAUUGUAGUUAAAAUCUAC